GGAGGGAGGAGGGAAGCGCCGGGCCGGGCUGGGCGCGGCUGCGGGAACCUCGCUCGCCCUUGUUUAACAGUGCCCUCCUUGGGCUGGCAGCCGAGCGCUGCGGGGUCACGCGUUAAAUGGUUAACUCUGAAAGAAGAGCAAAGAUGGGCAAGGUCUGUGCUGUUUUUGGAGGAUCCCGUGGGAUAGGCAGAGCUGUGGCAGAGCUCCUGGCGCAGAAGGGCUGCCGCCUGGCCGUCAUCGCUAGGAAUCUGGACGUGGCCCAGACCACCGCCCGUCACCUUGGCGGACAUCUGGCACUUAGCUGUGAUGUAUCCAAUGAACAAGAAGUCCAAAAGACUUUUGAGGAGAUGCAGAGGAGUUUGGGUCCCAUUAGCUACUUGGUUAAUGCAGCUGGGAUCAACAGGGACGCUUUGUUACUGAGAACCAAGACUGAAGAUAUGAUAGCCCAGAUUCACACGAACCUUUUGGGAACAAUGUUAACAUGCAGAGCUGCUGUGAAGGUCAUGAUUCAACAACAGGGAGGAGCCAUUGUCAAUAUAGGGAGUAUUGUAGGACUUAAGGGCAACUCUGGUCAAAGUGUGUAUAGUGCUACCAAAGCAGGAUUAGUUGGAUUUUCACGCUCUCUUGCUAAAGAAGUAGCAAAAAGGCAAAUUCGAGUCAACGUUGUUGCUCCAGGCUUUAUUCGCACAGAGAUGACAGCUCAUUUGGAAGAAGAUCAGUUGAAGAAAGCAAUUCCCCUUGGAAGAUUUGGAGAGCCUCAUGAAGUUGCACAAGCUGUUGUCUUUCUUCUAGAAUCCCCAUAUGUAACAGGGAGUGUUCUGGUUGUAGAUGGAGGCUUGCAGCUUAUGACCUAAGUAUUACCUAGAAUAAAUGACUGCUUUAAUGUCACGAUGGUAAUAUAUAAAUAUAUACUAAAUAAAGGGAGAGGGUUGGAAAUCGUUGGAAGAUUGAUGUACAUAAUUGACCUGGUCUUACUUAGUCGGAGGAAAAAUUCGGCAGCAGUGAAAUGCAACGUGUGUGUUUAGUUGCCUGGAAGAAUCUGUUUGAUAUUACAAAGUCUGUGUAUGAAACAAUUUGAAAAAGAUCUGGUUUUGAUAGGGUGAUAGCUUUAAAAAUGUGCUGAUAUAUUUUUAAAGCACUGUAUUUUUAUAAAGUUCUGUUUUCUAAUUUGGGAUAGGAUGAGAUUUUAUUUGAAUUUUUGUGUUACACAAAGGUUAAUAAAGCGCAGAGACAUGUUUAUUGGGUGGCAGGUAUGAUUGCAUCAAGUUUUUCAAGUAGGGCAAAGAUUGUAAACUGCAUAGUUUUGCAUUCUUAUCAGUUAGUACCUACAAAGUAGCAAGGAAUUUCCUUGGAGCUUUGUUUGUUUGUACCUAAUACUACAAAGCUAGGAACUUCUAGAUCUUCAGCAUAGCUGAAUUGGCUUUAGAAGAUUUAAUUAUAUGCAGUGUGUUUUUCUAAGGACAAAGCCUGCUCGGUUCCAUUCCUGAAUGUAUGUACAGCACUCACUCAAUCAAUCCAGUGGCUCUUAUGUGUGACUGCUAGAGCCCAGGAGCUGCUAAUCCUGUCAUAUUCUCAGCUUGAGCUGCACACACACUGCUGAAUGCUACAGACCUUGCUGCAUAAGACACUUUGCAAGGACUCAGUAGAUGUUUAGAACAUGUAUCACUUCCAGAGCACAAAUUAAGGUGUUUUGUGUUUUGCUCUGUAUCUUCAUGAACACUCAGUUCAGCUCUUAAGUUGAUGCUCCCUCCUAUGUAUGUAUAGUCAAUAAAAUAGCUAUUUAUUUUA